AUGGCUCCUCAUCUACUAAUAAUCGUUCUCCUUCUAGCCUUCAUCUCCCACGAACCUGUAGCUAUAGCACAAUUUCUAGAACCUUAUCCUUAUACUUCCCAAGUUGCACCACUAAGAAAACAUGCCGAUGCUGCUACACCACUCUAUAGCAUUCAGAUGGAGAUUGCUAUAUGGGUAUAUAUACCAGACAUAUAUAAAAACUUCAUUAUAGACAUAGACGCUCCUUUCACAUGGCAUGACUGCACUGUAGACUGGAAUAGUUGGAUUUAUGAAAGCAGCAAUUGCUUCGGUUGCACUCACCCGGUUUCUUGUGAAGAGUACGCAUGCACAGAUGUUCGCACAUCUUACUCUUAUGAAAGUCCUUCAUGUCUUCCAGUAACCAACACUUCGACAUUACCUGGUUCCGGAGACUGCAUAUGCCCUGUUAAUGUGGUGAACCCGGUUAACAAGAAAUGUGGUCAAGCCCUACUCAACUUUGACACUUUCACGUUCAGGGGUAGUGACGGGAAAAACCCUUUUUUGGAUUCCUAUGUUAGUCAUGAUAACGCGGCAUGUGCUCCAUCUUCUAUGUUUGAGUCUUUCCCUGCUAAUGUUAGUGGUGUAAUGGCGUUUUCCUCAUCUCGUAAAGCAUUGCCGGCUUUAUUAUUUCAACCUUUUAAUAACACUUUUGCUCUGUGUUUGCCUAGCUCUUUGUCUGCUCGUGGGGUUAUGUUCUUUGGGAUCGGACCAUAUUAUCUUCUUCCGAAGUCAGAUGUAGAUCUAAGAAGUUUACUCUCUUAUACUCCAUUACUAAAAAAUACCAAUUCUUUUGGUUAUUUUAUUGGUGUCAAAUCGAUAACCGUUAAGGGAAGGUCGAUUGAUGUUUCAAAAACCACCACCAAGCUUAGUACGAUUGAUUCUUACACCAUUCUUAGAGCAGACAUUUAUAAGCAAGUGGUUCGUAUGUUUUCAGUUGCUACAUUGGGAAUCCUCCGUGCAAGGCCAGUGGCACCCUUUGCUUUUUGUUUAAAGAAUCGAAUUGGACAUUCGCUUGCGAAUUUGAAGAUGCCGAAUAUAGUUUUGAAGCUCCAAGGUGGGAAGAAAUGGAGAAUAUCAUCAAGUAAUUCCAUGCAACAAGUAAGGAAAGAUGUGGCUUGUCUUGCAUUUGUUAAUGGUGGUGCGACAAGUGAAUAUGGGAUUGUGAUCGGGACGUUUCAGAUGGAAAACAAUUUUCUGCUAUUCGAUCUAGAGAAUUCAACUUUUGGGUUCAGUUCUUCUUUAUUAAGCCAUAAGACUUCUUGUUCGAACUUCAACUUUACCACACUUAACCAUUGAUGCUGCUUCAAAAGGCUUGCUAGAUUACAUAUAUAUUGUGUUGGAGCUAAACCCAAAGUACAGUCAUAGUAGCUGCAUGCCAAAGUUGAAGACUUGAAGUUACAAAAAAAAAGUGUUAUAAAACGUUUAAAAAAAGAUUAACCUUAUCCAUUAGAGUUUCUUCCAGCGGUUUCUUCGGCACAAGUGUCGUUAAAUAGUUUCCUAUAUUUUCAGGAGUUGUCAUGCAUUUUAGUUUAGGCUUUUACAUUCUGUACGUACGACACGGUUGUAAAAACAGAAGGUAGAUUCCCCUGUUUUCUUCUUCUGUUUAUGUUUCUGCAGUAAGUUUGAAUUAUUUUCUAUAAAAGAUAUUGCCUCAAGUGUUUCCAUAAA